AGGAAAAACGUCGCCGUCGCCGCGCGACUUUUCCUCGAUGCCUUCCUGGAACCGCUUGGCAAACGGACGUUUUAUCUCGCCUCAAUUUAUAUCUGCCGUAAAUAGACGCGCAGAUAGGCGACGUUUGUCUCGUGGAAUCAUUGUUUGCAGAUAUACGAUUCAAUAACGCCACCGCUCACGAACGUCGCUUACUGGCGUUUUCUCUCGCUUUGGACGAAGCAAUUUGCUCAAUUAUAUAGGAUGACAAAGUUAAAGAUAAUAGAUAGUUUAAUGGACCUGUGUGCAUGUGCGUGUCUCGCUUUGUGUGAUAUACAUGAGCUAGGACAUUUAUAGUUGCAUUAGAACUCAUGCAAUUUGAUUUGAUUACCACGAGAAUGCAGGCAUUGACUCCUGGUCCAGGAGGAGGAGGAGGUGUGGGAGAAGUGUUGUCCCGAAUGAUACGACAAGAAGGUGUAUUAAGGCCAAUUAGAGGUGUCAGCGCAGUGGUUGCCGGUGCCGGUCCUGCGCAUGCUUUAUACUUUUCUUGCUACGAGUGUCUUAAAGAAAAGUUCAAGAGUACGAGAUCUCAGUUCAAUCAUCUUGUCUACGGGGCGGCUGGUUGCGUAGCAACAGUUCUGCAUGACGGUGUCAUGAACCCAGCGGAAGUGGUUAAACAACGAUUGCAGAUGUACAAUUCCCCUUAUAGGAAUGUGUUGAGUUGUAUACAACACGUGUAUCAGAAAGAAGGGAUAUUUGCAUUCUACAGGAGUUACACGACUCAAUUGGCUAUGAAUGUGCCUUUUCAGAGUAUUCAUUUUAUCUCUUAUGAAUUCGUGCAAUCCAUUACAAAUCCAGAGCACGCUUACAAUCCAAUAGCACAUAUCGUAUCUGGUGCAACAGCAGGUGCAAUUGCGGCCGCUGCAACAACCCCUCUAGAUGUUUGCAAGACAGUGCUGAACACACAGCAGGACGGCGUGCACGCUCAAGGCAUGAUAGAUGCAUUUAAACAGGUCUAUAGGUUCGGCGGGGUACAGGGAUACUUUCGUGGACUACGCGCACGUGUCUUAUUCCAAGCACCAGCCACCGCUAUCUGUUGGGUGAUAUACGAGUCAUUCAAGUAUGCAUUACGGGGCAAGCAAGAUGAUGACUAUAGCGACUCCGAGCUUGACAACGGUAUGAGCGGAAUUAAUCAGAACCCGACGCUCGCAUCAAGAUCCAACAGUUUUCAAGGCGCAGGUCUGUACUUUAACAACCACGCCUCGCCGCCCGUGUUACUCAAAGUGACUACGAGUUAGGCAUGUAAAAAAAAUUGCACUGUCGAUUGUCCAUUACGAGAAAGAAAGAGAGAAAACUAUUUCAUUAUAAAAGUCUAUUGACAAUGAAUAUUUCGUUGAUUCGUCCAUUAUUUGAGCGGCAUUCUUACGUACGUUCUUUAUCGCAAAGAAACGAAAAUUGACGCUAAAGAGAGACAAUAGCAAGCAAAGGUACGGGACCUAGAUUUAUUGAAUGUUGAUAUGUAAAUUUCUUCAAUUAUUGUUAACAUAACUGCGUCAAAUAAUGGCGCUAAUAAUGUUAUCUCUUUUCUUUUUAAUUUUUUGAUUUCUGAUUAUUGAACGAGGAUGAUUGAUUUUAAAUAGCAAACCUGCAAGUUGGAGCAAGAAAAAAUAUCAUUUCAUUAAUCUUUAUAUUAUUAUUGUACCUUAUGCUUUCAAUAGAUUUUCUGUCAUGUAUGCGAAAUUAGUAUGGAAAUAAUACUAUUGUUUUAGAAUAUUUGCAAAAUUACUUUAUUAGCAAUACUAAAUUUGAAAUCAUGAAAUAAUUAUUAAUCCUGGUACAUUCGCUGGCUGCCAUCCAACGUGUAUAAUUGAAAUAGAAUGCUAUUAUCUAUUGUACUGUUCAUGAUGGAGUAUAAAUGAACAUUCAGUAAAAUGUCAAUUUGAUGUAGGUAUAUCAAACUUGAAUGUAAAUAAUCUGUCUGUAUUAUUUAUUUUUUGCUGUAAUUUCCAUAUUACUUUAUAAAUAAACAUUUGUAUAUAUCUAGCUCAUACAAAUAAAUCUGAAUAUUUUAUUAGUAAUUUAUUCAAUAUUGAUACUUAAUUGGAUUAACAUGGUAAUAUUUAUUGUUUAAAGAACACCAAGCAAAUAUAUUUAUACUGUACAGACGGAUUCACGCUUGUUUAAAAGUAGAUACAAUAAAUUACUGUUGAAAGCAUGAUGCAGAGAAUCAAGCUAACAUUUUUUUGGCAUUAUCGAGUAUAAAAAUGUUUUUUAAGAAGAGAGGAAAGAUAUGCUCCACUUGAAUAGUGAAAAUAGGUUACGCACAUAGUGCAAUUAGAUUGCAGCCCACUCCAACACUGUACCAUUAAGUAAGUUAAGAAAACAGUGGGAUGCAUGCAGGAAUUUCGUCGAUAAUAAACUAUACUUUAGAGAGCAUAAUUAAGUGCGCAUAAUUCAUGCAGGAUCAUUUCGCAAAAUUAGACAAUUGUUAUUAAGAGGACGUUAUAAAAAUUAAUCAAAUAUUUGACGUUAAAAAGUUACGAAGACUACUUAAUGAAAUUCUGAGUUGAACUAGAAUACGAUGUAACACUUCGUGUUCGGAUUAUAGGUACGGAUUGGAGUGAAUUGAAUUAACACAGGGCAUGAUUGGCUACCCUAAACAAAAGGAAUUACAAGUGUUGUAAAGUAAUUAUUUUAUAGAAGACUGUAGAUAAAACUAUAAAAUAUAUUACAGAUGUACAGUAUAAAAUACGAGAAAAACCAGUGUAGAAAAAAUUAAACUGUUAUUUGUACAAGUACGAUUCCUCUUGAUUACUCAAGUACAAAUGAUAAAAUGCUCCUUAGUCAUUUUGUAAUAUAAAUAAAUUAUGUAUCUAAAUCAUAUACGAUAUAACUACAAUAUUGCUUCCUAUGGCUGUGAUAACUGGGUCAUUUGAUGUUGACUUUAAGAGGGAGUAAUAUCAUGUAAAACUCAUAUUUCACGCCAUAUUUAUUUAUUGUUACAAUUUUUUAAUUAAUCCUACGUCGUUGCCGAAUAAAUCGUUUGAUAUUGUUGAAGAGAAAAAUAGCACAGUAUUCAUAUGUGUAAAGCUAUAUGUAAAAGAGAGCGGCAUCUAAAUUUAAACAUAACUUUAUAAAACGUAUAUUUAAAUUAUCAAAAUCUUUUCUUAUUCUUUUUUGGAGAUUAGCAGCUAAUCUUUCGUCUGAAACAUUUGUGCAGAUAUGCAUGGCUGCGUCUGUUACACGCGUUCAUGUAUUUUGCAUACUAAUUCAAGCAUGCAAUUGUCAGUAUGUUUUAUUAAAUUUAACAGGACUCUCAAUUCAUUGUUUAUACUUUUUAUUGUAAUCUGUUAAUCUUUGUAUUAAACACUUAUAUCUCAAAAUUCUCUUUAUUUAAACCUCAAAUAGAUGCUUAUUUCUCAGGUAUUAUAAGAUACUAUAAUACUGUACAAAAUAUGACGCGUUUAUCAAUCUGUGUUUUUUUUUUAAUUUAUUACGCAAAUUAUUAUAGCCACGUAUUAUUAUAUAAAAUUAAUUGACUUCACAUUUUCUAUGUUUUCUCUUUUAUAAGCGUUUACUUUUUUGAAAAACAAGUUGUAUAUAGUCGAUAUAUAUGCUCCCACUGGUAUUAUAAAAAAGUAUAAAAAUAAUAUAGGGUACACAUAUUAAUAAGUAUAUAUUGAGUUUGUGUAACACAGUGAAACGCAUUAUACAUAAUAAUGAUGUAAAUAAAUCAUUCUACAAAGUA